CCCUCGCUCGCCCGGGACGGAGUUCGAUGAAUCAGCAUCGCUGGCGAUUUCUGAUUUCGCUUCGGAGUUUCGCUGGCUGGGCAGAUGCAGACAAAUGCAUUUAGGAACCCAAAGGCCGGGGGCUAGAUUCGUCUCUCCGCCCGCGAGAAGGAAAAAGCCUCUCUUCCUGGUUGCAAUAUGCAUGGCUGUUGGAAUUAUACCAGUCCACUCACAAGGUAUAGACAUUCUUCAGAAUCUUGGCCUCAGAGAUAUCAAAGCCUUGUCGACACCACCUCAACAACCAUGGGCACCAGUGUCGUUACCGCCAGGGGUCACAGCCAGCGGGAUGGGCAUCAUCCUGUCAGGAGCUGUGCACAUUAAGGCCCCUACGUCUAGUGUCAUGCCCCAGGACAUUGGAGAUGAAUUCACUAUCAUUGUGGGUCUCCGCUCCCACAGAGUCAAUAAUGCCUUUCUCUUUAGCAUUAAAAAUAAAAACAGACUCCAAUUUGGAGUGCAAAUUUUACCCAGGAAAUUAGUUGUGUAUAUUGCUGAGAAGCCAUCUGUAUAUUUUGAAUAUAGUGCCCAUGAUGGACAGUGGCACACGUUCGCCAUUGAAAUCAAUGGGAAAUACGCUUCCUUUUAUUCUGACUGUGGUGCUGAAUCUGUCCGCAAGGAAUUACCCAUCAGGCUCCCGGAAUUUUCUCGGAACAGCCAGCUGACAUUGGGAAGGAUGAGCCCGAGGUCAGUGCCUUUUGAAGGCACCAUAUGCCAGCUUGACGUUUAUCCGAGCGCGCAAGCCUCCGUGAACUACUGCAACUACGUAAAGAGGCAGUGUCGGCAGGCUGAUACCUACCGAUCUCCGGCUCCCACAAUCGCUGCAACACUGGUUGGAGGGGCCAGUUCCAGCUCCCAGUUCACAACCUCUGUGCCAAGGAAAGAAGCACCGACAACUCCAUGCCUGACAUCGGCUGUGGCGAGUACCCAAGAGGUUCGGUACAGGAAUACAUCGUUAAAAAGAGCAGAAGCCAGUUUGUUGCCGCCGCUGGCCUUCUCCAGUCUACUGCCCACUGCCAUGUCACCAGCCCUGCAUUUCAAUGGAAUCUCAAGACUGCGCCUACCACUGGACACCCAGGUUGACUCCACCGCUGUUCUGGCCACCACCAGCUCGAACUUUGAGUCCUUCAGCAGUAAAUCCAAAUUGGCACUCAGCAGGAAGGGAACUGGUGCUGGAGACCAAGUCACGGGGGAGAGGAUCCUGCCUGAUGUUGAAGAGUUGUUCCUCUCAAUCCCAGAGGCUGGUGAGGUGGCAGAGAGGCAUGCAGAUGACGCAACACCCACUACAGGGGAAAUCCAGAUGAUCAACUCAACCUUGUACAGGGCGACCAAGGAGCCAUCCUCACAAGACCAGGACAGUUUCCGGAAUGGCGAUGUUCUCUCUACACUGCCUUUGGCGGCUGUUGGCAGUUUAGAAGACAUCGAGAUUGAAAACUACGACUAUGAUUAUGAAGAGUUCCUGGACUAUCUGAAUUCCGAAGGCUUGCCAGGGCCCAAGGGGGACUCAGGACCUCCUGGUCCUCCAGGAACGCCUGGUGCGCCGGGACCACCAGGGAGGCGAGGACCACGGGGAUUACCCGGAUCACACGGGAAUCCAGGAUUACCUGGCCUACCGGGCCUCAAGGGUCCGAAAGGAGAACCGGGCUUGUUCCCGAUUAAAGCACCACGCGGAGAACAGGGUGAUCCAGGACCUGCUGGGCCAAUUGGGCCAACCGGCCCUACAGGUGAAAAGGGUUCCAAAGGAUUCCAAGGUCUGCCAGGUCCACCGGGGAAGCAGGGUCCAGCUGGCUUGGAUGGGAAUCCCGGCGUUUGGGGCUAUCCUGGAAGGCAGGGUUUGGCAGGUCCGCAGGGGAAGCCCGGUCCGAAAGGUUUUCGGGGCUUUAUUGGGCCACCGGGUGUCGUUGGACCUCCUGGGCCGGAAGGUAAAAAGGGCAUUGCUGGGCCCAGAGGAACGAAGGGACCCAAGGGGGCAGUGGGAUAUCCAGGUCCAUCCGGCCCAAGGGGACCUCCGGGAUCCGAUGGCAAUCCAGGCAUAGUUGGAGGAGUUGGUCAGCCAGGAUUUCCUGGUCUUCGGGGUGAUGUGGGUCCUCAAGGCUCAGCUGGUCUCCCCGGAAUCCCCGGACCUCAGGGUCUGGUGGGAGACGUCGGCCAACCCGGACUGAAAGGUGAUAAGGGUGAUCAUGGUCUGAUGGGACCUCCCGGAGAAAGAGGAUUCCCUGGCGAUCGGGGCACCGUUGGCCUCCCUGGAGCACCCGGACUGAGAGGGAAACCAGGCCCACAGGGUAAAUUGGGUGACGCUGGACCACCUGGUUUGCAAGGACUUCCAGGACCAGAGGGUUUCCCCGGAGAUAUUGGGCAGCCAGGCCCUAAUGGAAUUGAAGGUCCAAAGGGUGAACCUGGUGACAGAGGACUGCCAGGCCUUCGUGGACCCAAGGGCCAAGAGGGAGCUGAAGGGCCACAGGGGUCACCAGGGAGCCAAGGGUCACUUGGGAGACCAGGCCGGAAAGGAUACCCUGGAGAGCUCGGACUGGAAGGCAUGAAGGGGGAGCAAGGAGAUCUGGGAAACAUUGGCAAGAUUGGAGAGCUGGGUCCUGCUGGUUUGCCAGGACCACGGGGGCCCCGUGGGAUUCUCGGUGAAAAGGGUGAUCGUGGCGAUCCAGGUCCUUUGGGCCCAGCCGGGGAGAAGGGUGCCAUGGGUUACAUGGGACCUCCCGGGACACCCGGACCUGUGGGGCCAGAAGGAAAACCAGGGCUCCCUGGACGACGAGGACCACCAGGGCUACAAGGUGUGAAAGGGAGAAGGGGACCACGAGGUCUGGAUGGAUUGCCUGGUGAUCAAGGACCUCCAGGUAAAAAGGGGCAGAGAGGUGACCCAGGAGCACAAGGUGACAUUGGACUCAUUGGCAAAGCCGGGAAUCCUGGAGAACAGGGAAUGCCGGGAGCUUCGGGGCUGCCUGGACCUUCGGGAAGCUCUGGAGACAUUGGACCUCCUGGACAACCAGGGCCUCGAGGACAGAAUGGUGAAGUUGGACCUGUUGGAGAAAUUGGUCCUGAGGGACUCCCAGGACCGGAAGGAGAAGCUGGUCACCAAGGAGAACGUGGAGCCAAGGGUGAAAUCGGACUGACUGGCAAAGAGGGAGAAAUUGGCCAGCCAGGAAUGAGGGGUGAGCCAGGCCCCCCUGGAGAAGAUGGACGUCAAGGCAAAGACGGACUGAAGGGUGAACCUGGUGACGAAGGUCCCAAAGGUGAGGUGGGAGAACGCGGUGACUCUGGAGAUCGAGGAUCAGCAGGUGAAGCUGGAGGGCUUGGGAUUAACGGGUUACCGGGACCUGACGGGGCACGAGGCAAACGAGGACAGCAAGGGCGCGCAGGACGAAAGGGAAAGAAAGGCCAGCAAGGUCCUCCAGGAGAGCAGGGAGACCCUGGGGAGCGAGGGCUACAAGGAGAAAAGGGGAUAAAGGGCGUGAGAGGAUCCCGCGGAGUGAUGGGAUCUCCUGGUCUGAUGGGCCCGGUGGGAGAACCAGGGAUUCCGGGAUACCAGGGUCACCAAGGACCAGCGGGACCUUCUGGGCCACCAGGACCCAAGGGUGAGAAGGGCUUUCCAGGUGAAGACAGCAGUGCUCCCGGACCACCUGGGCCUCUAGGUGAACCAGGUCCUGUAGGUCCCCGUGGAGAUCGCGGUGAACCAGGAGAUGAAGGCUAUAAGGGUUACCCGGGUGUUCCUGGACCAAGAGGAAACGUGGGACAGCAAGGAAGACCGGGAGAUCCAGGAAAACCAGGCAUGCCGGGGCCGAAAGGGGAAAAGGGUCUGAAGGGAUUAAAAGGAGCAAAAGGCAAUCAUGGCGAGACGGGAUCACCAGGUUUACCGGGAAUCACCGGACCACCUGGUACUAAAGGAGCAGUUGGAUACCCUGGGCCAAGAGGAAAUCCCGGGAAUGCUGGAAAACCCGGACUGGCUGGAAGCCGUGGGCCACCUGGAGACCUUGGUGAUGUCGGGCUAACCGGGGUCGCUGGGAAACCUGGACCUCGAGGAGCCCCUGGUGAACCUGGCCCAGUGGGUGACAGAGGUCAACGAGGUCCUAAGGGAGAGCCCGGUUUGCCGGGACAACAAGGUUUCCAAAAUACUCAGCGGGGUCGAGCUGGUGUGCAGGGAGACCAAGGAUCCAUGGGCAAGCCUGGUGCUAAAGGUCAGAAGGGUGAUAUUGGCGACCAAGGUUUGAGAGGUUUCCCAGGUUUCAUUGGCCCAAAGGGUCCAGUUGGAGAGGUCGGUUUUAAAGGAAUUCGUGGUCCCAAGGGCCCGACGGGAUUAUUCGGUAAUCCCGGACUGAUUGGACCAGCUGGAAUCACUGGUCCGGCUGGGACACCUGGUCCCAAAGGCGUAAAGGGAAGCAGAGGCGGACUGGGACCUGAAGGACCUCGAGGGCAUCCUGGGCCUCCUGGCCUCCCCGGUGUCCCAGGACCUCUGAGACAUGUGGACAUUAACGCAGCAAUUCAAGCCCUGAUUGCAAGCAAUGAAGCCCUCCAGUUUGAGAACUAUCAGAAUACUGAAACUGCCUUCCUAGAGCAAGGCAUAGAGAUAUUCAAAACACUUCACAAUCUCAACAGUCUGAUGCACAGUCUCAAGAACCCGUUGGGAACCAGGGAACACCCAGCUCGAAUGUGCCGAGAUUUGCUCCAUUGCGACCAUAAGUUACACAACGACAAGUAUUGGAUCGAUCCCAACCUGGGCUGCCCAUCGGAUUCCAUCGAAGUCUUCUGCAAUUUCAGCGCAGGCGGACAGACCUGCUUACAGCCACUCAGUAAAUCGGAGUUGGAUUUCGGGGUUGGGAUGGUGCAAAUGAACUUUCUGCACUUGCUGAGUUCAGAAGCCGUACAGACCAUCACGAUCCAUUGCCUCAACCACCCGGUCUGGAAGAACAUCUCCAGCAAGGAUCCCUACGCCAAUUCCAUGCAGUUCAGGGGAUGGAACAGACAGAUGUUUAAAGCAGGUGCACUGUUUCAGCCCAAGGUUACGAGGGACGGAUGUAAGAUCCAGGAUGGAAAAUGGCAGCGGACGCAGUUUGUAUUCCAUAGUCAAGCUGUGAGCCAGCUCCCCAUCGUUGAAAUUCAGCAUCUCCCUGUCCUGAAGAAGAAAAAGCAGUACCGUGUAGAAAUUGGCCCUGUCUGCUUUCUGUAAGAGGCCAAAAGGCUGGGGGCCCUCCCAAAGAACUCUGCAAGAAAAUUAGCGAAAAGUUUUGAAGGAAUUACCUCUGAUGACUGUGAAAAAUGCCGGAACACGUUCCUUCUUUAAGAAAAAGUCCUGGUCCUUUUACUAAAAUCUCAGGAAUACUGCUUCGAUGGUUCAGGAAGCCCGUCGUUGCUAGCAACAUUAAAUGCAAGCCAAGAAACACAGUGUGUUCGUGCUCCUUGCCAAUUCUUCCCCAGACUAAAGGCAGUGGGGGCUCCUAGGAAUACCUGGAUUGUGAUGUUGCAUCUGUACGCUCACUGCAAGCAAACACCUCAACAGCUGAAAUAGAAGGGUGUUCGUCCAUAAAUGCUCACAACAAUGGUGUCACAAUGACAACUGUGAACACCACCGGUGGGUGGGGGUGGGAACCGCCCUGGAACCUCUUCUCUUCACAUAACACUUCUGCAAGAGCCCACCACCUCCAAAGUGCUGCCAGUUCUGUGAGUCACAGACUGGAAUGCCCAGUGUGCCAAUGGCACAGGUCGCUGGGUUUCUGUUUGCCUUAUGUUGAGUAGAUCUCACCCCCCUGCCCCUUUCCCAUUGGCUUUUGGCAGGAACCAGGGUGCAGGAACAGCAUGUAGACUCACUACUUCUCGAACAGUCCAACCCAAGCAGUUUCCCUCCGGUAUUCCGAUGGGUGACUGUCCCGGAAAGUCUCCUGCCCACCACCGGGGGGAAUGCUGUCAGCAUCCAUUUCCUAACCAACCAAUAGGCAAGUGUCCUUCACUGGGAUCUUUCUGUCAGUUGGUGAUCAGUGUCUGUCCCAGGGCACAGCCCAUCGAUCUGAGAGCCCUGCAUUACACAACUGUUCUGUGUGUACGUGGACAAGCCAGAGGGUAAAAUUCAUCGCUGCAGGCGACAGUGGAGGUCAAGUCAUUGGUUACAUUUAGAAUAGAGAUUGAUUGGUUCUUAGAGCAUUGAACAGUGCAGAUCAGUGGGAAGGGUGGCAGCAAGCAUUUCCUAACCACGUGAAAGGGAACCAUUUGGCUCAGCAAGUCUGUGCAAUCCCGUCCCUCCCACUGAUACUUCCUGUAAAAUAUUCUCUACUUCUCUCAUCAAUUCCAUUAUCCAUCUCCAAUUUUCAACGACCCAUUAACCUAUCAUAUGCACAGGAAGAGCCCAGGACUUUCAAAGUUCAAAGUUCAAAGUAAAUGUAUUAUCAAAAUAUGUAUAUGCAUAGAACAGUAGAGCACAGGAUCAGGCCCUCCAGCCCACUGAAGCAAUUAAAUUAGUAAUCAAAUGGCCAACUAAACCAAUCUCUUCUGCCCACACAAUGUCCAUAACCUUCCAUUUUCCUCACACUCGUGCUUGCUCAGCAAGGAGGUUAAGGGUUGUAGGGAAGAGGCAGGGAAAUGGAGCUGUGUCAGAGUGGCAGGACAGACUCGAUGUGCUGAAUGGCUUAAUUCUGUUCCCAUGAAUUUUGUGGGAUCCACUGGUGUCAAAAGGCCAGUGAACAACAUACAAGCUGCAUUUCAGAUCUCAGAGUUUCCUGUUGAGGGCGUACCGUAGCUGCUUCUGGUCUUCACCCCGCAGCCUGUCCCUUAUUGGAUUCUUCACUCCACCAAGCUCCGAAUCAGAACCAGAACCAGGUUUGCUAUCACUCACAUAUGUCCCAAAAUCUGUUGUUUUGCGGCAGUGCUGCAGUGCAAUACAUAAAAAAUUACUAUGAAUUACAAUAAUAAUGUCAGAAUAAACAGUGCAAUGACAGCAAAUUAGUGAGGUAGGGUUCAUCAGUUCAUGAGAGGAAGAAGCUGGUUCUGAAAUGUUGAGUGUGGAUCUUCAGGCUCCUGUACCUCCUCCUCGAAACUAACAAUGAGAAGAGGGCAUGCCCUGGGUGAUGGGGGUCCUUAAUAACGCAUGCCAGCUUCUUGAGACAUUGCUUUUUGAAGACAGCCUCGACUGUGGGGAGGGUUGUGCCUGUGAUGGAACUGGCUGAGAUUUCAACCCUCUGCUUGGAGACUCCACACCAGAUGUUGAUACAACCAGUCAUCUGUAGAAAUUUGCUAGAAUCUUGGGUGACAUCCAAACCCCCUCAAAUUUUUAAUAGCCAAUUAGAUGCUUUCUCCUUGAUUUCAUCAAUAGUAGAUCCUCAGAGAUGUUGACCCCCAAGGACUUGAAGCUGCUCACCCUUUCCACCACUGAUCCUUGUUCUACUUCAGCUCCUGCUCCUCCCCGUCCCAACCAGCAAGAACAUCAUUAGACGGGGGGACAGCAGGCACCAGGAACUCCUGGGUUGAAGACAACUGGGGGCGCAUUAAGGCCACUCUCUUCUAACUGUUACACUGAGCCUCCACUAGCAGAGGCCCCACGCGUUGGGCAAGGUGAACCGUGGCUGAAGUUUGGCAUUGAGACCCGGAUGCUGGUUGCACAGUGAAAAUCCCAGACAAAGUGUUCCCUUCCCCCCCCCCCACCCCGCUCAAACCUCCCCAGCCACAUGGGUGAUUGUGUAGAGCAGAAGGAAUUAGACAGGUUGACUCAUGUCUCAUGGCUUCUGGAUGCCCAGCGUGCAUGGAUCCCAAGCCUGGCUGGGAAAGGAGGAGGUUUGGGCAUGGUACUAGAAACCCCUUACCGUAAAAGCCCAGAGCUACAGAAAUGCCAACAGAACUCCAAAGACCUCAUCCCUGGGAGAGGAAGAUGGGCUGUGCCUGGGAACGAGUUGAAAGACUGGCCCAGGACAGAGGACUCUGGUGAGCUGCUCUCGGUGGCCUGUGCCCCAGUGGGGGUGAUGGGUUUGAGAAGAAGAAAGGUGCUUUUGUUAAUGAGGUGCUAAUCAUUUCACGAGGACUUUGAUACUGUUUUUAUUUUGAAAUAUAUGUACUGGCUACAUUCAAUAAUGUCUGUGUUAAAUAUAGUUAUUUGGUUAUUAAGGCUCAUGGAGUCAGGGGCUUACAGCACAGGAAGAGGCCUUUCGGGCCACAAUGUCCAUACUGACCCUAUUUUACCAUAUACACUAAUCCCGUUUGUCUGCAUUACGUCUGUUUUCCUUCUAUUGCAAACACUAUUUAUAUAAAUGUGUAAUUAUGGUGAAUCGGCGCCUGUGUGAGGGCAGAUUGGUACGAUACACAUAGUGACUGUAGAGAGACUGCGAUACUCGGCUAA